GUAUGAGAAGAGAACAAGAGCGAUCGAGAUGCUUGGUAUGCUGCCAAUUCGUUUGAGGUUCGCUGUUUUGGUCAUUUCCCGCACCCUACUGUCGCAAGAAAAAGUCAUCGAGACACCCACACAAAGGGUGAUGUCGGAUCUUUCUUCAUUUUUCGUUUUCGCUUAUUGCCAUGACGUUCCUUGCUGCUCUCGUCCUCGCCACCGCCACCUCCGUCGUGGCCAAUGUGGUGUUGAACAACCCCGCGCCCGUCCUCGAGGGCGUCUCCAUCUACUCAAACGAAAAAUGGGCGGUUGGAUUCCGCACCCCGGCGUUAGAAGAUGAUGUCAUCCUUCCUGGCAUUAUACGCAAGCGCAGUCCGUCCCUUGGUUAUUUCAAGUUUGCCGUCAGUACGUAUGAAAACAUUGCUGCCAACGCGUCGAUGUUCUUGCAACUAGAGUUGUGCCCUUCCGUCAACGAUUUGCCCGAUUGCACCGAGCCCACCGCCUCUUCGCGCAUCCACAUCGAUAACAACGGCGGUGGAGUCGAUUUCCGUUGGUUCCCCGACCCCUAUAUUGUUGUUGCGCCCAACACCAGGUACUGGUUCGCGCUGGGCUCCACCAGCGAAACCUCGCACAAGUUGCCCACCUGGUUGUACGGCACAAAGGACUUCUCAACCGCGAACAACUCAACGGGGGACGUGAGGGUCGCGCACCUCAAGGGCGACGGUGACUCAUGGACCUUGCUUCCCCUGUACGAAAACCGCGUCCCGUCCCUCCUAGUGGUUUCUACGUAUACUAAUUAGCAGUGUACUGUUGCUGCCAGCUGGGGGCAAUAAAAUACUGCCACUUGUAGUCGAUAGCUACUGUUGGUUGGCCCUAAAACUCCAUAAAACAGUCGUUCAUAGUUGCUGCAAA